AUGGAUGAACAGGAUGGUUUUGCGGAGUUUUACAUUGCAUGUAAUCCUCCACUGUUGUCACGGGGUGUUGAGUACAUUGUUCAAUCAGUCAAGUCAGCCUGUCCGAAUGGCGAGCUUGCUGAGAUUUUAUACGAGCCGGAUAUCCCAUGGUUCAAGUGUAUCACGAUGGGAAAGCACAAAGAGUCUGUUACUCGUAUUAUAAAAGACCUUUUGAUUGACUUGGUGACUCUGGAGGUUGAGCCUCUUGGUUUUGACGCCGAAAAAGAUGUCAUCGACACCAACGUCCUUCAAGCCGAUGUUGCAAUGAAAGCGGCCGAACCGCGUUUGAUUUCAUGGAUGGUAUACCAAUCGCUCGGAAGCGAUAUACACGACACGUUCGUCAAAUACCAAUAUCCUGAAGCUAUGGCUUCUCUUCCAUAUAAAGCAAUCUGGAGAGGACUUGAGAAUUCGAGUGGCACUUUCGAGGAUUUCCUAUCCGAAUUCCGCCGUCUCAUCAAAUCCGAAAAUGCGCCAGCCACCGCCGCCGACUUUGCUCUUCGCAACGAAUGUCAUAUCUCUUACAAUAUGCGAGAGAAUUUGGUAUACAUUGGAUCUUCUACUUCUGCAGCAGCCCUCGAGAAAGUUGUUAAAAAGCUCGAAACGGUGCUAAAUCUCCUGGCAAGUAAGAUCAAAACAACAACGCACUCCAUUCUACCCGAAGGACCAGAAGAGCUGCGACUUGCAUAUAGAUGGCUGCACCGGAUUGGAUUGCAUCAGGCAACAUUUGCUGUCCCUUGUGGCAACUUAACCGUGGCAGAUGAGUACAAGCUGCUUUUGAAUGCGGCCGCCAUCAGAACGGAGAAAAAAGACAAGUAUGGGCGUUGGAUCUCUGACGACACUGUUUACCCCCUAAUAAAUGCAUCGAGACCCGACGUGGGACAGAAGUUUAAAGCCUUCAAGACUUAUUUCCCCCAUCCUAAACCAAGAUUUGCGGAUAUCCGCGCAAUACCAUAUGGACUACAACCUGAAACGGAAGAAGUCUCUUCGUCAGCUGAAGCACAGGGACCCAUACGGGCACCAAACAAUUUGGAGCCAGCUUUACUCGAACAAGGAGCAGAAAGUUGUCACGAAGGCUCAGGCCCAGAGCUUUACGACAGAGAAGAACCUCCUUUUUACCAUCAACGUUCUAUAUUAGAUCAAAAGGCAUACAUAUCCCCGGGCGAGGAAGAAGGUCUAGCAGAAUUUGUGCAGAGAUUACGAUUUGCUGAGACAUUAACUCUGAACCCUCCUCAACAGUCAAAUGGCGGAAGCCUCCUUAUAGACUGGGUAGAAGGCAUAGAAAGCGCGACUCAAUCUGAGUCUGCGAUGAAUGACUUUAACCAAGAGGAGGCUCUCAUCUCUUUUGAGUUAAGCAACGAGUCUCAAUGUGGUAGCGAAACUUUCGAUAUUAUGGAACCAAACCCAAUGGCCGAGCUUCGAAGUCUUCAGAGUGGAAUCAAGCAACUUGAACAAUUUGAACAAUCUGAUGAUCUGAUAUUUCUGGACAACGAACCUGAGGUCCCAAGAGCAAAUAUCAUGCAGGAUUCGGGUAACUACCUAGCCGAUAUGUGUCUUCUGAGUAGCGGAAUCCCGCAGGCAGAGGACAUAUUUUCCCCGGUGUUGAACGAAAGCACCGUUACGUUGGACGAAAAUAACCCUCUUGAAGCUCGGGAGAUUAAUUCAUAUUCUGAUAGCUUGGUCCGCUUUGGAUUAAUGGAAGAGAAACCGAGAGAAAUCUACCGAACAAUGAACCAAAGAGCAAGCCGUCCGAAGAACAAAUCAACAAAGGGGUCUCAAUCUCCGACUAAAAAUCGUGCUGCUGCAAAAGGAGAGCGCCAGAGCACUAAAACGCCGGGAAAAGGAGGAUCAAGUCUAUCCGAAGAUAAAUUCCCACCACUUGGAGGAGGCCCGUCGUCGUCAAAGAAGCCAGCAAAAAUACCACUGUCGUAUUCCGAUGCCGCUAAGCUGCCAAAAUCUCAAACUUUGCAAGAACGGCGAAAAGUUGCUAAUUUGAAAAUUACCAAUGAGCAACCCCGACCCCUUUCAACUGAGGCAUUCCCACCGACAAGUGAUGUGGGUACAAAACAGUCCAAAGAGCCGAGAGACAGUGUUCCCGAUAAGACAUGCGACUACACUGUGCCACAAAAGAGUGACAUUUUGCGACAUUCAGAAGACCGGCUAAAAAGAAUGUCACAAAUCCUUGAGCUGGCUCCGGGCUACGUUUCUCUGGAAGUCGUGUUCGGACGCAUCUAUAUCAAAAAGCUAGCUCCCAGUAUUGUGAAAGACAGCGCUUCUGAUUAUUCAUAUCAAUCAGUCACUGAAGCAGUAAAUUUUCUGAACCGCGCUCAAUUUCCACAGGAUUGUGUCGGCUUCUCGCCGAUUCUAUCGACUAUGGGAGGUGAUGCCGAUGUACUCGUCGAUAUUACGCCACCGGGCGAAUUACCAUGGCACCUAUCUGAGAAAGAAAUUUGGUACGAUUUCCAGUGCAAAUUUCCUGAUUCUCGAGGUGAAUCUUUUGUCUUGGAAUUGAACGCCAAGACGUUCCAAUAUCGAUGCAGAGGCCCACGUCAGGAGCUUUUCGCCAUGUAUAUGCAUUGCCCUGAGAGAGCAUGGGAUAUGAAGGCUUACGGAGCUCGAUCUACAGCUCUGGGAAGCGAAGCCAGAUUCGUAUGUUUCGCUGCGUCUCUGUUUGAACAUAUGGACAUAUAUGUCGCUGACAGCAACGGCGAUGUAACAAUCGAGUUUUCCGAGAAUACAGCUUUCCAAACCGCAGUGCAGAGCAUCACUAUGCGACAGGUUGCCAAAUACCGCCACCAAAAGAAAGCCGAUAGUUCUAUCCUCUGCAUUACAAUGAAGCAUUUACUAGAAGAAGGCAUUUCUCCCGUCAUGUGUGACCGCGGACAGGUAAAAAUAGGAGAAAGGAGACAUUUUGACACUCCUGACGGUGCGUCGAACAGUGCUUUGCCUCAUCAAUACUUGGAAGCUAGUAUAACAUCUUCUCGUCUUUCUUCUUUCUUUGAGGAGAAUGUCCAGCUCGAGAGUGGUAACAAGGCUGCUUGGGAUAUAAAGCAACUCGAAAGUGAAGGCGUUUUUGAAGAUAUACUGAGACCGGCGUUUGGCAUGAUCACGCACAUGGAUCAUAUAGGGGCAUCAAACAAUACCAUGAGAUAUGUCAGUAACCAUGACGCAUUUCACGAGGCAUUAGUUGUUUCGGCUGGCAAAAAGAAGAAAUUGGAGUUUUGGUGA